AUGGCCGAGGCUCAGGUGGUCAGCGGAGCCGCAGAAGGUGAGCUUAAUCUAGCCCUUGAACACCUUCGGUUCAAAGCAAUUUUGAAAGGGUUCCCCCCACGUGAGAUCCCCAAAGCCGGAAUCAAAAGAAGAUGGGAGAUACUUGCACUCGCUGAGAAUAACGGGUGGAUCGGCUUAUCAAGAGUCGAACGAGCCGUCGACUUCUGGAUCUGGUGUGGGCUGAAGCCGGAGCGAUGGUCCUUGGUUCCGGAUCAGCGCCUCUGGGAAGAGUUCUCCAAGGAAUGUGGUCUGUAUAAAUAUAAAGACCACCCCGAUGCAAGAACGCAGGCAUUGCCCGAUCUGUCCACGUGGAUGCCCCCGACUUUGGGGGUCAGCGGAAGGCCCGAAUAG